AUGUGGUAAUUACAGUAAUUUAUCUAAAACUCUGGCUAAUCCCCACAAUUUGACAGACGCCAAAAUCAGAUCAAGACUAUAAGUCAACGUUUCCUUCACCUCUAAGAGUGCAAUGGAUCACAUAUAUCUUUAUUAUUAUAGUUUGAGAAGCUUUUGAUGAGGCUGAUGAGGAUUUCUCCGCUUUAGUCACCUUUACAUGUCGUUCUUCAACAAACAUUGGUCGCCUUAAAAGCUCUUCAAAAGACCAGCGUUCAUGUGCACAUGCCUCGAUAUAUAUAUAUAUACUAGAGACCCCAUUCAUCUAUCAAUAAAUAUUGAAUCUUGAUCUCCGAAAACCAAAACAUCAUUAGAUCUAAUGGCUAUGGCUAGUAGUAGUAGCAACUCGUCGUUGUUUCCUACCCAACAACAACCGCAACAGCAAUUAGGAGGCAAUGAGUUCCAACCUACGGCUACCAACGUCAAUCUAAUUGCAGCACCAAACGCUCCAAACCAUUACUCUUCCGGUUCCAUUGGACCCUUCUUUGCAGUCAUCUCUGUUCUCGUCGUUCUUGCAGUCCUCUCCUGCUUCUUGGGUCGCAUAUGUGCACGGCGCCGCCAGAGAACUGUUUUAGUGGCUGAAGUCAAUCCAUUGGAGAUGAUAAAGAGUGGUGGGUUUUUAGGAUGGCUGAGACGAAAAUGGAGACGGUUUUUGGCCGGCGAUGUUGAGGCCGGAGCUAAAGUUGCCGAUUGUGCCAGCAAAGAAACACCUAAAGAUAAUGAUCAAACUCGCCUUGAAGCACCUCCAGCUUGAUCUAGGUGCGUGUGUGAGAGACUAGUAAUAAGAGUAUCAACAUUCGAAGUAGAAUGUAAGCUACCUAUUAGCAUCAUUGCAAUGUUUUAUUCAGUUCUUCAAAACCCAUUUCAUAAUCUCAUCACUUCGAUUCACCAUGUCUUAACCAUAAAUAGAAUCUUAUGAAUUGUUCUC